AAUAAUAAAAAUAAUAAUAAUAAUAAUAAUAAUAAUAAUAAUAAUAAUAAUAAAAAUAAUAAUAAUAAUAAUAAUAAUAAUAAUAAUAAUAAUAAUAAUAAUAAUAAUAAUAAUAAAAAAUAAAAAAUAAUAAUAAAUUAUAAUAAUAAUUAUAAAAAUAAUUAUAAUAAUAAUAAUAAUAAUAAUAAUAAUAAUAAUAAUAAUAAUAAUAAUAAUAAUAAUAAUAAUAAUAAUAAUAAUAAUAAAAAUAACAAUAACAAUAAAAAUAAUAAUAAUAAUAAUAAAAAUAAUAAUAAUAAUAAUAAUAAUAAUAAUAAUAAUAAUAAUAAUAAUAAUAAUAAUAAUAAUAAUAAUAAUAAUAAUAAUAAUAAUAAAAAUAAUAAUAAUAAUAAUAAUAAUAAUAAUAAUAAUAAUAAUAAUGAUAAUAAUAAUAAUAAUAAUAAUAAUAAUAAUAAUAAUAAUAAUAAUAAUAACAAUAAUAAUAAUAAUAAUAAUAAUAAUAAUAAUAAUAAUAAUAAUAAUAAUAAUAAUAAUAAUAAUAAUAACAAUAACAAUAAUAAUAAUAAUAAUAAUAAUAAUAAUAAUAAUAAUAAUAAUAAUAAUAAUAAUUAUUAUAAUAAUAAUAAUAAUAAUAAUAAAAAUAAUAAUAAUAAUAAUAAUAAUAAUAAUAAUAAUAAUAAUAAUAAUAAUAAUAAUAAUAACUAUAAUAAUAUUAAUAAUAAUAAUAAUGAUAAUAAUAAUAAUAAUAAUAAUAAUAAUAAUAAUAAUAAUAAUAAUAAUAAUAAUAAUAAUAAUAAUGAAAAUAAUAAUAAUACA